UCUCCAAUGGCGAUGGCCUGACCAAAUGCGACGACCCGGCGGCGGCAGUACAGAUGAAGCACGGUGUAACGCCCGAAGCAGUAGUGCGUAAGUCUAAACCACAGAGCAACCACCACAACCAACAUCACCAUCACCAUCACUACACGCCACGGUACUAUCUGGAGCAAGAGAAAGACCAUCCUGACGCUGUAUCUACUCUAGCCGAGCUGCUGCGCGAGCCCGGUCUGCAGGCAUCCGUCCACGACAUACUGAACGAUGGCGAGGAGGAUCAGAUGUUCAUCACCGGGUACAGGCGCUGUCCCCGGCGCACCUUCCUCUGCUAUCUGGGUUUCGUGCUGACCUUCGGUAUCCUGCGGCUGGUGAUGCACUGGCAGCAGCACUGGCUACUGCGCUGCACGCACCGUAAGUGUUCCCUCGAGUACGCGGAGAAGGUGCUGAUCCACGAGGCCUACCAACGGAAACAUAAUCUGUAUUACGUCAAGAACGUCAUCACGCUGAGCGCUGAAGUUGUCAGUGAAAUUGUCAAUAGCCGCAGCGGAAAGAAGUCAUCGUCGGCCAAUGCACGCAACGUGAUCAAAGAGCUGACCCAGAAUGGUAUUAGUGAGGCAGCGGAUUUCUUCCGCCAGCUACCGUCGUUCCAGGUCGCUUAUCAUCGAUCCGGGGGCCGUUUCGAACACGCCAGUACGAUGCGUUACUUCUCCUGCAAAAAGCUGCGCUACUUGUGGUGCGACGAAACCAAGAAGUUCACGAAACUGCACGGAUUGGACGUGGAGGUGCCAAGCCCGGCCAUCCAUCACGCCAAGGGCCUGUCGGUGUACGAGCAAAGCAUUCGGCGGCUGAUUUACGGCAGCAACGAGAUCUUCAUUCCGCUGCGCGGCGUCAUGACGUUGCUGUUCCUCGAGGUGCUUAAUCCUUUCUACGUGUUUCAGAUCUUUUCCGUGGUGCUAUGGUUCUGCUACGAGUACUACUACUACGCGGUGGUAAUCGUGCUGAUGAGCGCCUUCGGUAUUACACUCUCGAUCAUACAGACGCAGCGCAAUCAGCGUGCGCUCUAUUCGACGGUCAAAAGCAACGACUCGGCGGUGGUGAUUCGCGACAAUAUGGAGUCGGAAACGAUCGAAACGCGCUUCCUGGUUCCGGGUGAUGUGCUGGAGAUUCCGAGCAGUGGCUGCACGAUGCAGUGCGAUGCGGUGCUCCUGUCUGGUAACUGCAUCCUGGACGAGUCGAUGCUGACGGGUGAGAGCGUACCGGUGACGAAGACACCACUGCCACUGAAGCGGGAUCUGAUCUACAACCGUAAGGAGCACGCCCGCCACACGCUGUUCUGUGGGACGCGCGUGAUUCAGACGCGCUACAUUGGCAGUGAGAAGGUGCUGGUAAAGGUGCUCAAUACGGGCAACAUAACGGCAAAAGGUGGUCUCAUCCGAUCGAUCCUGUAUCCUCCUCCGGUCGACUAUAAGUUCGAAAAGGACUCGUACAAGUUCAUCACAGUGCUCGGUUUUGUGGCGUUCUGUGGGUUCGUUUAUACGCUCUACACUAAGAUUAGCCGUAGCGUGGGUGUGAUUAAGAUCAUCGUGGAGUCGCUCGAUCUGAUCACGAUCGCCGUCCCACCAGCACUGCCGGCCGCAAUGACCGUGGGCAGAAUGUACGCCCAGAAGCGGCUCAAGCGCAACAACAUCUACUGCAUCUCGCCGCGUGCCAUCAACGUAUCAGGUAGCAUCGAUUGCGUUUGCUUCGACAAGACGGGCACACUGACGGAGGAUGGGCUGGAUAUGUGGGGUGUGCUGCCAAAGGAUUCCACCAACAGCUUCCAGAUUCCGCUGAAGGACAUCGGGCGGUUGCCGAUGAGUGACCAUCUGCUGUUCGGCAUGGUGACGUGCCAUUCGAUCACGUUCGUGAACGGCGAGAUGCGUGGUGAUCCGCUGGAUCUGAAAAUCUUCGAAUCGACGGGCUGGAUCUUGGAAGAAGCGAACGUAUCGGACGAGACGAAGUACGAUAUGCUGUUCCCGACGAUCGUGAAACCACCGCGUGGUGAUUCACGUGACGAUCUGAACCUCGAGCUCGACGUCGCGUACGAUAACUCGAACGAUAUUGGUAUCGUGCGAGAGUUUUCCUUCACGAGCGCACUGCAGCGAAUGUCGGUGAUCACGCGCAAGGUGUCGGACAAUCACUUCAACGUGUACGUGAAGGGAUCACCAGAAAUGAUCAGCUCGCUCUGUUUGACCGAGAGCAUUCCGGAGGAUUUUCAGACGCAGCUUGGUUUCUACGCCCAGCAGGGCUACCGGAUCAUCGCGAUCGCGUAUAAGCAGCUCGACAAAAAGCUCAACUACUCCAAGGUGCAGAAGAUAGCGCGCGAGAAGGUCGAGAGUGAGCUAAAGUUCCUGGGAUUUGUCAUCCUGGAGAACCGGCUGAAGGCGGACACGGAGGAAGUGAUUGAAAGUCUGAACGCGGCCCACAUCCGGUCGGUGAUGGUGACGGGCGAUAAUCUGCUGACGGCGGC